CGCAUGCGCGGAAAUGACGUCACGCGUGGCGUUCCCUCUCUCAGCCCCUCGGUUCAGCAUGGCGCCGCUCUUGGUCCCUCUGAAAUGCGGAUUUCACAUGCAAAGGCGUAAAUUGGCCGUGUUGCUUCAGCAGAGCAGCGCCGUUGACGCGUGGACCUAUCACGAGCACCGAGCGGCGAAUAAACGCAAACCGCGGAGCACUUACCAGCUGUCAAGCCAAAGCCGAGCGUCAUCAGCAUGGGCCAACAGCAGAGGUCAGAACAGCCAACAGAUCCUAGAAGCAGUAAAAUAUGUACAGAUUCCAGAGAGACAGUGCUGGCACGGGAAUGCAGGUGGAGGACUCAGUGCAGAUCCCAAAAAUGUGCUGAAGGAAGUGAACUCCUCGAAGAUUCUUGCAGCCAUGUUGAUGUAUGUUUGGCCCAAGGACAGACCCGACCUGCGUGCACGAGUGGCCAUAUCACUGGGUCUCCUCGCUGGAGCCAAGAUAACCAAUGUGAUGGUGCCCUUCAUGUUUAAAUAUGCGGUGGACGGCCUGAACCAGAUGUCGGGACACAUGUUAAACCUGAACGACGCACCAAACACGGUGGCUACCAUGGCAACGGCUGUUUUGAUUGGCUACGGUGUUUCCCGCGCCGGGUCCGCUCUCUUCAAUGAGCUGAGGAACGCAGUGUUCGGGAAAGUGGCUCAGAGCUCCAUCAGGAGGAUAGCCAAGAACGUCUUUCUCCAUCUUCAUAACCUGGAUCUGGGCUUCCACCUGAGCAGGCAGACGGGAGCGCUGUCCAAAGCCAUCGACCGUGGCACUCGAGGAAUCAGCUUUGUGCUCAGCGCUCUGGUCUUUAACCUGGGGCCUACGAUCUUUGAAAUGAUGCUAGUCAGCAGCAUUUUGUAUUAUAAAUGUGGCGGUCAGUUUGCUCUGGCCACUGUGGGGACGCUCUCGGCAUACACCGCUUUCACCAUCGCUGUUACGCAGUGGAGAACGCGCUUCAGGAUCGAGAUGAAUAAGGCUGAUAAUGAGGCUGGAAACGCUGCUAUUGAUUCUCUCCUCAAUUAUGAAACCGUUAAGUACUUCAACAAUGAGAAGUAUGAGGCCGAGCGUUAUGAUGGUUUUCUGAAGGUGUACGAGUCGUCCUCUCUGAAGACCACCUCUACUCUGGCCAUGCUCAACUUCGGUCAGAGUGCCAUCUUCAGCGUCGGCCUCACUGCUAUCAUGGUGCUGGCAAGCAAAGGCAUAAUGGCAGGCACUAUGACUGUGGGCGAUCUAGUGAUGGUGAACGGGCUGCUCUUCCAGCUCUCUAUGCCGCUCAACUUCCUGGGCACGGUGUACAGAGAGACCCGACAGGCCCUCAUAGACAUGAACACGCUCUUCACUCUGCUCAGCGUCGACACCAAAAUAAAGGAGAAAGAAAUGGCCACGCCGCUGCUCGUUGCACCCCAGGAAGCCACCAUCAGGUUUGAGGAUGUGUAUUUUGAGUACUUGGAGGGCCAAAAGGUGCUUAACGGGGUUUCAUUUGAAGUACCUGCAGGCAAAAAGGUGGCCAUUGUUGGCGGCAGUGGAUCUGGGAAGAGCACGAUUGUCCGAUUGCUCUUUCGUUUCUACGAGCCACAGCAGGGCAACAUCUACAUCGCAGGCCAGAACAUUCGUGAUGUUAGUUUGGAGAGCUUGAGGAAAGCUGUGGGCGUCGUGCCGCAGGACGCCGUGCUUUUCCACAAUACCAUAUUUUACAAUCUGCUCUAUGGUAACAUCAACGCCACAGCAGAGGACGUCUACCGUGUGGCCAAACUAGCUGGAAUCCACGACGCCAUUCUCAAGAUGCCUCAUGGAUAUGACACGCAGGUCGGAGAGCGAGGCCUGAAGCUCUCAGGUGGAGAAAAGCAGCGUGUGGCCAUCGCACGGGCCAUCCUUAAGAACCCUACCAUUUUUCUGUAUGACGAGGCCACAUCUUCACUAGACUCAAUCACUGAAGAGCAUAUUCUGACUUCCAUGAAGGAGAUGGUGAGGGACAGAACAUCUGUCUUUAUUGCACACCGGCUGUCCACCAUUGUGGAUGCAGAUGAGAUUAUUGUACUAAAUCAGGGGAAGGUGGUCGAGCGCGGCAGCCAUCAGACUCUGCUGGAGACGCGGGGCAGUCUGUACGCCGAGCUGUGGAACACACAGAACAGCAGAAACACCAGCAGCGGCAGCAAGCCUGAGCCUGAGCCUGUGCCCGAGCGCGUGUCGCAGAAAGAGGAGGAGCGCAAGAAGCUGCAGGAGGAGAUCCUGAACAGCGUGAAGGGCUGCGGGAACUGCUCCUGCUGAGGCUCUCGUGCUCCCGUCAUGCCCAGACCUGGACUGUGAUCACAGCGAGGGCUCAGAGCUGACAGCGGACAGUUUCCCGUAACCUCGAGGGCUUUAUUGUCACGUGCUAUCAAGAUGAUUUGAACCAGUUUUAAAAGAUUUGGAAGUCUUGUAAGUUGUUUUUAUUAUGGGUAUGUACGUAUUACCAAUGCAACAUGUUCGAGAUGUGCCGAGAAGCGCGUUGUAUAGAGUGCACAUAUCACUGAAUAGAUAUUUUGUCUGUUGAAUUAUGUUAGAUAUGUCUCUAUGAACACUGGCACCUUUGAUGUCUCAUAUUUAACCAAAUCUGACUUGCAAGUACAUUUAACAGCUUGUAUUAAAUAAACGUCCUUCUUUGAGUG